AAUGGACAUUCAAAACUGUAAAUUGAGAAUUUUAUAGAUUCCAAAUGAAUAUGACCUACUGGCCAGACUACGUAAAAAGCUUUUUUCCCCACACGGUUGGUUGGUUCCGAUUUCAUUCGGACUAGCGAUGGGAUUGCCGUUUAAUUGGCGGCGGGGCCAUGUAGGAAGCCUCGCUAUGACAUCACUGCAUCCUUAUUCUAGGGAAUCUCGCAGCUGGAUUGAGGAUGUGCCCUCCUACCUUGGACUGGAGAUUGAUGAAAUAGGAAACAGUAGUAACAAAAGUUUGGAGAACUCCUCAUUUCUUGCUACACUUGAGGGGGAAAGUAAAUGCAAGUUGAAUCACGCAUUGCAUUAUUUUAGGAGACCAGUCGGAGGGGCUCAGCGAUGACUGUGGCAGUGGUCGAAACACAGACCCAUGCGUUUAUGCCACAUCAAGGUGGACGAGAGGGCCAGAUAGAGGGACAUACCCUGUAAAAGCACGUGUGUGUGUCCCAGCUGAUCGAGCACACACACACACACACAGGUACGCAGACGUUUGCCCCAGGCGGCCAUGUCCCCUAAGGUGCCAGGCCCUGGGCGUGGGAUGGAGGAGACUCCUGUGCAGGUGGCGGUGCGAGUGCGCCCCCUGCUGCCCAAAGAGCUGCUCCAUGGCCACAAGUGCUGCGUCAGCGCCGACCCUGCCGCCCGGCGCAUCACCCUAGGUCACAACCGCCACUUCCUGUGCGACUUCCUGUUCCAGGAGGCCAGUGGGCAGGAGGAGGUAUACGAGGCAUGUGUGGAGCCCCUGGUCGAGGCCUUUCUGCAGGGGUUCAACGCUACGGUGUUUGCCUAUGGACAGACCGGCUCCGGCAAGACCUACACCAUUGGAGAAGCCAACAUCUCUGCGUUCAGGGACGAAGAGCAGGGCAUUAUCCCCCGUGCCGUGGCUGAGGUCUUCAAGCUGCUGGACGAAAACGACCUGAACUACUUCUCCGUGCGUGUCUCCUACCUGGAGGUCUACAAGGAGGUCUUCAGGGACCUCCUGGAGGUAGAGACCGCCAGCAAGGACAUCCACAUCCGCGAGGAUGACAAGGGAAACAUAGUGUUAUGCGGUGUGAAGGAGAGUGAGGUGGAGUGUCUGGACGAGGUGCUGAGCCUGCUGGACAGCGGCAACAUGGCGCGUCACACGGGGGCCACGCAGAUGAACCCCAAAUCCAGCCGCUCGCACACCAUCUUCACCGUGCAGCUGGAGCAGCGGCGCAGCCCGGGGGGGUCCAAGGCGGGGGCGCGGGCCAGCCCCAACCACCUCCUCUCCUCUAAGUUCCACUUCGUGGACCUGGCGGGCUCCGAGCGCAUCCUGAAGACGGGCAACACCGGCGACCGGCUCAAGGAGAGCAUCCAGAUCAACAGCGGCCUGCUGGCGCUAGGAAACGUCAUCGGGGCGCUGGGGGACCCCAGGAGGAGAGGCACACACAUCCCCUACCGGGACUCCAAAAUCACCAGGAUCCUGAAGGACUCUCUAGGUGGUAACGCCAAGACACUGAUGAUCGCCUGCAUCAGCCCGUCCUCCUCGGACUUCGACGAGAGCCUGAACACACUCAACUAUGCCAAGCGGGCCCGGAACAUCCAGAACCGCGCCACGGUAAACCAGGCCGUCGAGCCGGGCCGUGUGGAGGGGAUGGAGCAACAGAUCCGAGCCCUGCGUCGGGCCCUGGAGACCCGGCACCGGUCCGAGACGCGCAUCAUCGUGGCCCGGUCCGACCGGGAGCGCUCCGUUCGGCCCAACCCGCAGCGGGGAGGAGGUGUAGGGGGCGGGGCAUCCGGGGCGGAGUUAAGCCGGCUGCAGAUGGAGAGCGCCCACUACAGGACGUGCACGGACUCUGCCUAUCGGCUGCUGCUGGAACUGCAGGGGGAGACGGGGCUUAGCACGGCCCAGGUGCAGCGAAUCAGGGCGUGGCUCUGCUCGGUGGAGGAGGAGCGAAGUGGCUUAAGCUCCGCCUCAGGGCCUGACAGUGGAAUCGAUAGCAGCUCCAACGACGACAGCAAUGCCCUUCGGAAGAGCAGAGGACACACCCUCAGGAACCAGGACUCGGAGCCUGCGCAGGUGUUGGAGGAGUGUUGUCAGGAGCGUGAGGAGUGUAUCGCCGCCCUGCUGGCCCGGGUGCAACAGCUGGAGCAGGAGAACACUGACUUCCUGUCCGCCCUGGAGGAUGCCAUGGAGCAGUACAAACAACAGAGUGCGAAGCUGCAGGAACAGCAGGACCUGAUUGGAGAGCUGCACGGACUGCUGUCACUGCCUGGGGGGGUGGGGCUGACACAGAGACCCCAUACCGCCCCCCUGCAACCCACACAACACACACCAUUCAACCCUGAGGGGGAGCAGAGGUGUGUGGACACAGGCUUCAUUGGUGAACAGAGCCAGUGGGACAGUGACCAGGAGAGUGUCGUCAGGAGAGACCUGAAUGGCAAAGACGGAGAGGACGCCCCCUGCAGGCAGAGCAAGGACAAGCGCAAGUCGCUGGGCCUCACAUGGUUGAAGAGGGAUGAGCAGAGUCAAGGUCACAUUCAGGGUCAGGGGUCGUCGGCUGUGGGUGGAGGUCACCUAUCUCAGCUCCUGGGCUUGGGCUUCAGCUCAGGGUAUCCAGCUUUGUCCAACAGCCUCAGACGCACAUCGAACUGCAGUGUGGGGGACAGCUCAUCAUGGGAGGGGUUCCGGGGUCUCGGAGGCGAGGCGGGGUCAGAGCGGGGCCUCCAACAGGCGCAGCAGAAGAUUCGGGAGCUGUCAAUCACCAUACGAAUGAAGGAGGAGCUUAUCAAGGAGCUUGUUAAAACAGGUAAGGAUGCGCAGGCCAUGAACCGGCAGUACAGCCGGAAGGUGACGGAGCUGGAGACCGAGGCGGAGCAGGCGCGGGGGGAGCUCACCGAGGCCCAGCGGCAGCUCCAGGAGCUGGAGGUACACGGCACACGAAACGCCGCUGACAAGAACCGCGCACAGGAGUGCCGCCGCAAGAUCGCCGCCGCACAGAGCAAAGUACAGGUGUUGAAGCGGCGACAGCAGGACACGGCGCAGCUGGCGGGUCUGUCUGCGCAGAGCGAGCGGCGCGUGCAGGAGCUGGAGAGGCAGGUGCAGAGCAUGCGACAGCAGCAGGAGCAGCUACAGAGACGCCUCAAGGAGGAGAGUCAACAGAAGAGACGCCUGGAGAGCGAGAUGCAGAGAGGGAAACAUAGAGUCAAGGAGCUGGAGAUCAGGAACGAACAGCAGCAGAAGAUCCUGCGCAUCAAGACAGAGGAGAUUGCCGCCUUCCAGAGGCAGAGACGCAGCGGUAGCAACGGCUCCCUCAUCUCACUGGAGGAGCAGCAGAAGAUCGAGGAGCAGAAGCGUUGGUUGGAUGAGGAAAUGGAAAGUGUGUUGGAGCAGAGGCGGGGCCUAGAAGAGCUGGAGGAGGAGCUUUGCAAGAGGGAGGAGAUUCUGGCCAAGAAGGAGGCGCUACUGGCGGAGAGGAGUGGCCUAGAGACCAAACGCCUACGCUCCAGCCAGGCACUGAGUAAGGACCUGGUGAUGCUGUCGGGUCGGAUCGACUCUCUGGAACGAGAGCUGAGCGAACGCAACAGCCAGCUGCGCAGCAGCUCCGCCCAGGACUCGCAGCACAUCCGCCAGGAGAUCUCCAACCUGCGGCAGGAGAAGGACCAGCUGCUCAAGCAGAGGGUGGAGCUCGACGACAAGCUCCGCCAGGGCAACCUGCUCUCGCCUGAGGAGGAGCGCAACCUGUUCCAGCUGGACGAGGCGAUUGAGGCUAUGGACGCGGCCAUCGAGUACAAGAACGAGGCGAUCACCCAGCGGCAGCGCCAGCUCCGCGCCACCGGAAGCAUGCUCUCUCAGUGGGAGAUGAACCUCAUGGCCAAACUCACCUACCUCUCCGCCUCCGAGACCAGAGCACUGCUCUGCAAGUACUUCGACAAGGUGGUGUCGCUGCGUGAGGAAGAGCGUCGCCUGCAGGUGGCACUAGCGGAGCUGGAGAUGCGGGUGGAGGAACAGCAGCAGCUGGUGGGGUGGCUGGAGGCGGCGCUGGAGAGGCAACACAUGGAGGCCGACCGCCGACUCACUCAGCAGCAGCAACAACACGAGAGGAACGUGCAGCUACUGCUGCAGCAGUGCAGAGAGCAAAUGGAUGAGGGUCUUGCCGGGAGACAGCGGCAGUAUGAGGUGCUCAUCCACAAUCUCAGCAAGGAGCUGAGCCACUGUAAAGCCGCCAAUCAGGAGCUGCUCAACCACUGCAAGCCAGCCAAUCAGGAACUCAGCAUGAGGCACAGAGAGCCCUGUGGGCCAACCAGCCAGCUCGGGGAACCGCCCAGAGUCUCCAGCAGCGAGGGAAGGAGGCCCAGUAGUGUGGCGGAGGAGGGUCGGAAGGGAACCCCUGAGUCCGACCGCCCCGCACGUUCCCGUGAGGAGAUCCGUGAUCUGGUCAACGCCCCACUGCCCCCUACUUGGCGUCGAUCGUCCCUGCCCACGGAGGACCCCCACGGCAUGGAGGAGUUGCGUCUGCGUGCCUCCGGAGAGCUCCCGGCCAAUCGCGUGCUUCCGCCCAGUGUCAACCACAGCAUGGGCGCCACCACACACUGGGGUGCUGGAGCCAAACCCUGGCGAGACCUGAGGAGGUCAAGUCUCUGCACCGGGGGACUGGGGUCCGGACCAGAAAUCAUCGACGUGCGGAAAAACCCGGUUUGACACACACAUCACAGACUGUGUGUGGGUGUGUGUGUGUGUGUGUGUGUGUGUGUGCGUGUUAUACAGGACUGACCACAGCGUCUCUGACUUUAGACUGGUACUGAAUAUUCUUCCUGCAUUUUUUUUCUUCAUUAUUUCUUUGUUCAAUUGAUGAGGUUUUUUUUUUUGCCUUUUAUACAAAUUAGCUUUUUAAAAGAAUCGCGGAAACAUUCUGCCUUCAGUUCCUGUUUACAAAAGCACUUUGAUUCUCUCAGUAUAGGACAUUGUCAUAUUUUCAUCUAAUCUCUGAUGUAAUGGCGUCAUAUCCUUCUGAAAGGCAUUAUCAUAUAUCUCGAAGAUGCUGAUGAACAGUAUGUCAUUUAAUCAUGCAAUCUGAAUUCAUCAAAUGGUUCACAUGACCCACUAUAUAUAUAUCAGUGAGUGGUAUGCAGUAUGUUGUAAAUAAAAGUGUCCAUUCUGACCUUUA